CAGAUAUCAUACUGAACGGUCACAACAGUUGAAUCGCUAAAAAUGGGUCAUUGGGUACGUUCCUCUUCUAAUUCUCCUCUGCCACACAACGCUUUCCAUGCUGGCCAUGAUACUGACGGAUCAGGAAUUUAUGUGGGUCGUUGUAUGUACGAGGGUGAUCUUUCUCCAGCUAAAGUGAUACCCAGCAAACAUGCCGCCUAUGUAUCCCAUGGCGGAAAGGAGCACAAUGUCAGCAGUUACGAAGUUUUGGUGGGUCAUGGAUACGCUUGGGCUCCAUCCAGUGAUGGGCGUGUACCACGUCAUGCAAUUUCCACUGGCAAAACUCGUACUGGUGAACCUCUCUAUGUGGGCCGUGCUUCCCAUUCCAAUUCAGUGAUUGUCGGAAAAGUGCAUCCAUCCCAUGGCUGUCUCUAUGUGCCAUUUGGCGGUCAGGAGAUUACCAUUAAGUCGUAUGAGGUGUUAGUGAAACAUUAAUAAAAAAUAUGAAUCACUUGAAAAAUGUUCAAAUAAUUCAAAUGUUUGUGUUAUCAAGAAUAAAUAGCAAGUGCCUAAGUAAA